GUUGGCAGUAGACGAUAGGACUUGCUAUGAGUUUAAAUUAUGGACAGAAAGAUACCAGCUGGAAUUUAGGAACUUUUUUUUUACAGUAAGAGUUUUUUACAGUAACAAUUAUUCAUGCCCCGCCCCCAUGAUGCGCGGCCACACUCCCAUCAUGCCCUGCCCAGCCUCAUUGGUACUACUCCACUGUUUGAAUCCCACCACCAUGGGAACCUGUUACUAAAAUUUUUGGAUCCCACCACUGAGACUAUCUUUACAUUUUACCUAUGCUCCACCGAGCAAAUUGAUAUCUGUAGUGCAGACAUCAGGUAGGGAAACCAGCCUCCAUUUCCAUUGCCUGUAGGACUGCUGAGGGAUUGUGGGGGAUGUUUUAAAAAGCAGUGUUGCACUGUCACUUCCAGCCAGGUCCUGCCUGUGCACCAGUGGAGUUGAUGGGGGGAGUAGUGUGGCCAGAUCCAUGAAGACUAGUUUCAAGAAGCAAAUACCCAAAAGUGGCUUAAUGUUGCCCAUGUGACAUCAACACAACACUCUAGGAUUCAGGUAGGAUUUGUCUGAAUCCUAGACUGUUGCAUUGCCAUUACACCAACAACAAGAACAUGAUGUCUGGCUAUUUGCCAGAAGUGAUGUCAUACCAGUGACAUUCCCCCUGGCCUCAAGAAUGGCACAGAGCUUACCAGCAGAAUCUCUCCUGAUGUCUUUCCUACCUCUACUAAUUCAGUUCUUUGUUCUAGAGUCAAGAGGGGAUUAUCCUGAAGUUAUAAGAUUAAAAAAACAUGACCAAUGGCAUGUGUUGUGGCAGAGGCGUGUGAUUAGUAAUGCAGAUAUGUAACUGCUAAAGAUUAAUGUCUUCCUUGUUCAGGUUAUUCAGGCAAUAAUUUUUUAUUCCUCAUAAUUGUUUGUCAUCCAGAACUAUUAACUAAGCCCAGCCCAUUCAGACUAAUACAUAAGACUCGCAUUUCCAUUCUGAUUAUGUCCAGAGAACUUCAGUAAUAGCUUACAACUAGAAUAAUAGCAAAAGUACAAUCCAUGUCCCGCGCUCACACAGCCAAGGAAGUAACAAAGCUGGAUACAGGAAGAAGUCAAAAUUAUCAGUACUCUACCUUUGAUUCUAAUGGUAUAUCUUUAUUUCAAGCUCCAAAGAACUUCUGUGGGCUGAUGGGUGAAGGUAAGACCAACUUGACUGUUUUCUUUUAAGAAGCUAUAAGACAAAGAAUGCCUGUUCCCUUUUCUCUUCCAGCUUGAUCAAUUGAACCUUCCGGUAAAGUAGCAGAGAUUAACAGAAGGGUAUCUUACAAAAAUUGAUAGAAGGUAACAGACAAAUAUUGGUGGUGGUAAAUUAAGAGCCAUUCUCUCCUUUCUUUGAAAUAACUUUAACAUGUUCAACCACUCAAAGAACACACUUUGUCCAAAAAGCAUAGCCCUGUGUUUUUGUUUACACACAUUUCACUCCUAAAAUACUAGAACAUUAUUUGUAUUAAAUGAUAUCAGAAAUGUGAGCUCUAUCUCCUUGACCAGAUGGACAGUAGUGUGACAACCAAAUGAGUUCAAUUAGCUAACAGUUUCUAGUAUUAGGUACAGAUUGAAUAUAUAUUAGAAACCCAGCUAGUACAUCUAUUAGAGAGGUGCAGAUGGCAGUGUUUUUCUUGGGAAACUAUGAGAAUGUUCUUUUUCAAAUUCUUAAGUGAUGAUUCUCUUGUUGCAGCCCAUGAGGGAUGAGAACACAGCUUUCAGUUGCUGGCUCCAUAUCACAUCACUGAAAGUUCCCCUUGGACAAAAAACACAAGAUGGCUGCUUUCCUUGCAGAAAACUUUCGCUUCCUCUCACUAUUCUUCAAAAGCAAAGAUGUGAUGAUUUUCAAUGGCCUAAUUGCCUUGGGCACAGUUGGAAGCCAGGAAAUUUUCUCAGUAGUUGCAUUCCAUUGCCCCUGCUCCCCAACCAGGAACUACAUCUAUGGACUGGCUGCCAUAGGUGUCCCAGCCCUUGCUUUGUUCCUUAUUGGUGUUGUCUGGAACAGCCACACUUGGAACCUGGUAGCUGAGUGUCACAGACGAGGAACCAAGAACUUUUCAGCAGCAGCAACUUGCUUGAUCUUUGGUUCAGUCAUGGGACGAGCUGCAGUGGCUCCUGUCACAUGGUCGGUGAUCUUCCUGCUUCGUGGAGAGGCCUACGUCUGUGCCAUGAGUGAAUUCAUGGAUCCUACCUCCUUGUAUGAAUUUCCACCAGGCUACGGACCAGAUAUCAUGGCCAGAUUCCCUUGUGGUGAUCUGCCAGGAAACUUGACAGCAUUUAAGGAUGAAGUUAUAAGGCAAUUAAAAUAUGAAUCUCAGCUUUUUGGGUGGAUGCUCCUUGGUGCAGUUGCUGUUCUAGUGUUUCUCGCCCUGUGCCUGAAGCAUAGCUGCUCACCACUCAGCUACCGGCAGGAAGACUACUGGGAUCAGUACCGCUCCAAUGAGUCCAAACUAUUCCAUCGCACUGCAGAGGUGCACUCCAAGGUCAUGGCUGCCAACAACGUCAAAAAAUUCUUUGGUUUUGUAUACUUAGAUAAGGAAGAGAAGGAACUGGUACAGGAGUACCCUGUGGAGGAUGUUCAGCCCAGGCCACAAUGGGACUCCAUCACUGGGGUUUAUAUCUAUCGGGAGAAUAAAGGCUUCCCUCUCUACAGCCGUCUUCAUAAAUGGGCCAAAGGUACGAUGGGAUGCAACUCUGGUCCAGAUAACCAGGAAACGGUUUUCCUUGCUGCCUAAGAUAAGUGAACAUGUCCAGGAGAAUCUUCAUAAGCCAGUUUUAUCUGUUAACAAAGAUCUCAACUAGUGCAUAAAGCUAUUUGUUAACUACCAUCUAAGUGACACAGGUAACUUAUACCUCAUGGGACUUGAAUUGAUAACCAGUGGCAAUUGUUUCUUACUGGGGAGUUCUCCUCUAAAAGAUCUCAGUUUUGCUGCUGUGGCAGAGGUGGCCUGGUGAAGCUUGCUUUUUGGUUGGCAGCAGGGUUUGCAGAUGCCAGGCCCAGAGAAGUCCUCAUAAGAUACAUACAAGUAGACAAGCAAUGUUUCUCCUCAUUUAAGGCACAAAACAAUCUUAUCAAGCUGAUUUACCUUUUUGACAGCUACUACCUAACUUGUAUUUAGCACCUUUCCUCUAGAAAGAUUCAAACCAGAGUUUGGACAUCAAAACAAAGCCACAAAUAAUAUUACAUUGGCCUAUUAUGCAUGCAAUCCUUACCCCACAGCUCUUUUCACUUCAGUGGGUUUUUCCUGGUCGUCUGUCUAAACUAGGGAUUCUCCCACUGAUAGGCAGCCCCAGCCAAGCCAACCACUUCUCACCACUGUAUUGCCUUUUUUGGUUUGUUUUUGGCCAUACAUUUUCUAAAAAAAUCAAAGAAAUCCUUCAGGCUGCUGUGCUGGGCCAAAGAGUGGUAGGAACUGAUAUUUGGUGGGUGGGGGAGGUGGGGUAAGUAAAGUCAAAGUGAGCUAAGGAAAAGUCACAUUUUUAGAGGCUUUGGAAAGCAUGGGGUUUCUCUUUGUGAAUGAGUUAGGGGGGAAUAUGUGUGCUACCAAGAACCUGACCCAAAGGGAGUGUACGCUCACUGCGGGGCAGACCACAAGUGCAUAAAUGGCCACAGAUGACUAACUCAGGAACUUUACUGCUGCCUGGCAGGAUUUAAGUGGAGAAAAUGGAAGUGGUGGAAUUCUGCCUUUGCAUGCGACAGAUGCUCUGCUUUCCUUCUCUUUGGUAUUUAAAAGCAGAACUGGAUUGAAUUAUCUCCUUUGACUCUACUUUGAAAUGGCACAUCUGUAUUAUUGCACUACAAAGUAGGUUUUCCACUUUGGCCACCUAUGCUGCACUUUACACAACAGAAGCACAAUUUCUUGCUCUGAGGAUUUAACAAACACAGCAACUUUUACUCUUCCUAUCACUACUAAAGGCAAAUUUAAUAGUUGGAAAUGGGGCAGUCCAAAGACAAGGCAAGGGUUGCUACAUACUCAGGGGAUUUCUCAGGCAUGCAGAAAAAAACUUUUAUUAAAAAAAAACUCCCUUCUCUCUCCUUCAAAUGCACAAUCCUGAUGAAGACUGAGUCUUUUGAUUUCCCUGUCAGAGACUCAGAACUGAGUUCAGUUGAACAUUAAAGAAAGAUUAAAAAAAGAAUUGGGAAAGUUGCUCAAUAUCUUGCAGGGAUCCUGAAGGGAGAAAUUUCCAGUCACUUAUUCUCUGCCCCCCAUGAUUUCUUGCAAGACCCCAAUUUAUUAUUCCCUUUAGUCAGAAAUCUUGCAUGCCUUAUAAAAAUUUGAGGUCAUGCUUUCAGAAGGAACACCAAUGCAGACAGUCUUCUAGAUAAGAAUCAAGUAUUGCUGGCUGUGGCAAAGAACUUUAGAUACAUAUCUUUAUAACAAGUUUCAAUUCAACUUUCUAGGUAACCAAGUGCUGACAUAUUAAGUUAAAGGUGUAUUCCGUCCCCUAUAUCUGUGUAUUCAUUUGAUCUACUUGGAAGCAUACUGGUUACACAUUUUUCUGUUAGAUGAGCAACCUCUCAUCCCCUGCCUUCAGAUGUAGACUGCUCCUACACAUUCAAGAUCAAAUAACCUUAUACGAACAGCAGUUAAAAAGCUUAUUAAAAAACCGUAAGAUGAACAUGGGAACACUAUUGGAUGACAUAUUCAAUAUAUUAUAGUAAUAUUUUACUUGUUCCUCCUAACCCUCUUAAGAAGGUAACAGAAACCAAAGCUUUGGCCUAUUAAAUACAGGUAGUCACAAUUCACAUUUGGAGAAGACUAUGUCAUAAAAAUGCAAUUACUCAGCUCAAAGGCAGAAGGUUGUAAUUGGUAGAUAACAUUCAUCAAGAUAGUUCUGAUGCUUCAAUAUAAUCUGUGACAGCAAAACCAUUAUUCCCUGCAUAAAGACAAGUCAUGUUAUAAGGACAAGAGAACAAAAAACAGAUGAAAAGUAGUCUCCACACAAUUUACUCAGAACACUAAAUAUUCGUUAGGUUCAGUUAGCACCAUGUUGUUCUCUUUUAAUCUUUGCUAAAGUAUAAAUGUACAAUAUUCUCAGUAAAAAUCUUAAUCAGAACUCAGUUCCUGUAUAUGCAAAUGGUACUUGUUGAUUGACUCAGCAGCCAGCUUAAGAUGAGAAAAAGCAGCAAACAUCUUUCUUUUCACAACUGAGGACUCUAGCAUAAUUUAGUUUGAUUUGAUGCCUUUUCUUUCUCUGGGUCUUUUUAAAACUGUUGCAAAGUUUUUAAGUUCUUCUUUGAAUUAGCAAUUUAGCACAGAAUAUACAUUGCCGUCAUGUGCACAAUAUAUAUACCCUGUUUCCCCAAAAAUAAGCCCUAGCAUGAUUUUUCAGGAUUUUUGGAGGAUGUUUGAAAUAUAAGCCCUACUCCAAAAAUAACCCCUAGUUACAGAUUCCCCGGUGCAGCUG